AUGAUAGAGGGAAUGUCUCAGGAGAUAAAAAAUAGCCUAGAUGAAUAUGUAGGACUUAUAGAACUGAUCUAUAUUACGAACUGUCGUAACGAUAUUGUGGUUUCUAAGGGCAAAUGUCUUGAAGCGAUCAAAUUGCUUAACCAAAGAUCAAAGAUAGACCAUGAGAACCUGUUAUCAAAAAUUGAAAUGCAAUUGUCGAAGUUCACGAUUGAUCUCUACGACAGAAUCAGUUCAAAUAGCGAGAAAAGUGCAUUCCCCCUCACAGAAAGAUUGUUAUGGUUUGGUUCUAUAUUGAGAGGUGUGACGUAUCUGCCUUUGAUUAAGUUCUCUAGUGACCUUGACUCAAUGAAUCCUUUAUUAAUAGAUAGAAAGCGACGAGAUUCUCCAUUGGAACUUCCUAGAGCAUACGAUACUCGAUGGUCGCAGGUUCGACUUAUUGACUGGUCAUUACUGGAAGAUGACCUAACUGAAUUAUAUCAGGAUUUACUAACAAAUUGUUCCUUUGUUUCUUCAAUUUUAUCAAUAGUAAAUACCAAACAAGUUAACAGAAUAAAAGAUAUAAUAUCGCCGUUCGAAGAAAGUUGCAAUUACAAGAUAAAACUCUAUUUCAAUGGGAGUGACAGAACUGUGACUGUUAAUAAUGAAUUUCCAGUACUUACUAACCUGUCACGAAAUGUAACGAUCAGAUCAUUUCGUAACGAACGGCUCUUUUGGCCAGCAUUGGUUGAGAAAGCAUAUUUACAAGUCUUGGGGAACGGCUACAACUUUAAAGGAUCAAACAUGGCAAUAGAUUUAUUUAUGCUCCUCAAAUGGAUCCCGGAAAUUGUAACUGUAGCUUAUGGGCAGCUACCUUCAAAUUUUGAGCAUUUAUGGGAAAUGAAUAAAGCAGGACAUAUCACACUAGGUAUCGGUACUGGAAAUAUUAGUGAGAAGCUUUCGAAGGAAAUGAAUUUAAUUUCUAAUCAUGAUUAUGUGGUUCAAGAUUUCGACAAUGGCGUAGUUCAGCUUAAAAACCCUUGGAUAGAAGGAAGUCAUUAUGAGGAUAGGGUAAUUCUGAUCAGUGAUUUACGUUGUUUAAAUUAUAUUUACAUUAAUUGGGAUCCUCUAAAAGUUUUUCAAUUCCAAUCAGUGGUGACUACGAUUUGCACCGAAAACUCAGGCGACGCGGCUCAUCGUUACUAUCAGCGUCCUCAAUUUGUUAUUGAAAAUUCUUCAAGGGCCACUCAAGAUGUAUGGCUACUUCUUGAGAAACAUAUUUCGCCCAAUGAGAAAGAUCAAGUAAACGGUAUCGAGUUAUUCGAUACAGCACAAGGGUGCAAGGUCAUCUUUCCAAAUCAAUAUACGAUUCAUGGGAAUGUGUUUACAAAUGGCCGCUUAAUUUUAUUAAAAACCUCACUUGAUCCUGGCAAGGCUUAUACAAUUGUGAUUAAAAAUAGCCUUGGAGGUAUCGUAACGUUGUGCGCAUAUCACAAUAUUUGUAAAGAAUUGGAACUCAGGAAGGCGGAUUCAAAUAUGCUACGAGCUCUCCCUUCGUUGCAUGGCGAGUGGAAUGCGGAAAAUAAUGGGGGAACCUGGGUAAAAGCUUCUUUCAUUGAUAAUCCUCAAUAUAAUCUCGAGAUUAAAGAGAAAACGAAUAUUCUAGUUGGAGUUUUCUGUCCGAAAGAUAUAUAUGUCGGCUUUCACAUACUUCACUGUUCUCAAUCGGAUAAAAACCUAAAACUUAAAAACUUUGACAAAUCUAAACUAUUAUUCAAUGAGGAUUAUAAUAAAGGCUACCAGUAUAAAGUGUUAUCGAUUGAUCCUGGACUUUAUCGUCUUGUUGUGUCUACAUAUAAAGGUGAUAUGUGCCCCUUCGACGUGCUUAUACAACACGAGUUGAGAGACGAUGAUGUCAUUAUUACGAAAGUUUCGAAGGAUUUGGGAUUGUUUCAAUCUAGCCAAAAGAAAGAUUGGAACAACAAUAUGAGAUUUAAAAUACUUUUCAAAUCAAUGUUUUUCAACUCAAAUUUCGUAUUUCAUAUUAAACAUUCGGGUGCUUUCGAUAACCACAAAGAAACUUCUGUCUCUCACUAUAGACCAGCCAUUAGAGCAUCCGUGUUCAAUACUCAAACUUCGCAACCCAUCUCAGUCAACGAGGAAUGGAAUGAUUCAUUAUAUGGAAUUUUCGUUGAAUGCAAAAUUGACAACCCCGGGACCUAUACUUUGUUGGUAGAAAGACUAGAAGUUGGAAACGGCUUCUGUCUCGUGGAUAUUGGAUGUAAUAGAAGUUUUGAAGUCAUAUAG